AUGCCUUAGAACACAAUGAAAUGCUCUAUAUUUGAUGAAUUUUAUCCUAAAAACUUUUCAUUCGAACCAAUGGAAGAAUAGAAAUUUUAGGAAUUGCUUGGAAAUUCAAUUAAUCAGAUAGAAUCAGAUUUUAUGAUUUAUCCUAAAAAAUAUAAAAUACUAAAAGAAUUGGGCAGAGGUUCUUAUUCCAGAGUUUACAAGAUCUAGACUUAUGAUGUAGUCCCGGAAAAGUUUGCACUUAAAGCAAUUAGUAAAUAACCCUUCAGCGAUAUCUAGUUAAGAGAGUAAUUGAUGAAUGAAAUUAGAAUUUAAAGAAGCAUGGAAUGUGAGGAGGAACACUUAGAGACUAGAUAAAAUGAGGAAAAAGGUUCAAAGAAUCGCAAAGAUCUAAAGCCAGAAAAUAUUUUGCUAUCCUUUGACGACGAUACAUAAAAUCCAGAUGCUUUUUUGGCAGAUUUUGGUUUUGCAAUAGAAUUAAAAGAUGGAGUAAAUGUUGAGAACAUUUUUGGUACUCCUGGAUACGUAGCACCUGAGGUGUUAAAAGGCGAAGAUUAUACUUUUAAAUCUGAUAUUUUUAGUGUAGGCUCAAUACUCUAUAAUGUUAUUACUGGCAGUGGAUUAUUUAAAGGAAAAACUGCUAAGGAGGCACUUUUUGAUAACAUGAAAUAAAAAUUGUUAAGCGAUAGCCCAAAAAAUCGACCUACUGCAAGUGAAGCCUUAAACCAUCCAUGGUUCUCAGAUGAACUAGAUGCCAUUAAUUACUCUCUUAAUGUGAAUUCAUAGGACAAUUCAAAGAACAGGAAUAGUUCUUUAUCUCCUUUUUCUGGAAAUAGUGCAGUGAGGUUUCCUUAAAGUCCUAUGACUAUCAAAAAUACUUCAAAUAAUGAAAGAAAAUUCAGCUAAUUUAGGUAGCAUAACUAGUAUUCUGGGUUUGCAGAAUUUGAGCAAAAUAAAAAAUUUGAUUAAAGAAGAGGCUCUGACUAUCAAUCGUCCUAAAAAAGUCGUAGAAUGACAUUCAACUAGAUUAUGCAAGAUUACAAUACUUUGAGCAAAAAUUUGGGAUGCCAGGAUUCACCGUUAAAAUGUUUGGCAAAUGAGAGAAAUGCAAUAAACAGGAAUUCUAUUGACUACGAUGCCAUUAAAGGAUAGUAAACUUUCAAUGCUAUAAUGGACAAUCCAAGAGAAAAACUUGAAGUUCCAAGUCCUUCAAAAUUCAAAAAAUAAGGUUUACUUUCUAAAUCAGGCUCAGCCAAUAGUCCUAAAUAGUCAAGUCGGAGAGCCAAAAGAUCAGUUAAUUAAUCUGCUAGAGGAAUCACUCAAUAAACACCUAAAAUUUUUAACGAAAACAAAAUUUAGGAAGAACUAAAAAAUAAAGCGGAUGUAUUCGACUUUAAAGAUUAGGAAUCAGAACGUAUAGAGUUAUUUGAUCCAGAAGAUUUUGAAGAAAUAGUUUAGAUAUCUUCAUAAAGAAUAAAUAGAAAAGACCUAACAAACUAUUCAAAUUAUGUAAUGAUAAAACCAAUUAAUCUCCUGAAUGAACGUAAUGUACAUCAAGAAAGAAGAAUAUUUAUAUAGCAAUCCUGA